GUCUACAUGGACCAGUUGGACACUUGUAGCCCUUAAAGGGGUCUACAUGGACCAGUUGGACACUUGUAGCCCUUAAAGGGGUCUACAUGGACCAGUUGGACACUUUUAAAGGGUCCUCCAUGUCCAUGUAGAUCCCUCCCUCCUCUUUGUGUCUCCUCUGAAAACUAAUGGAAUCAACCUGUUGAAUCUGGUCCAGGAUCAGUUCAGCGGCUGCUCUCGUGCUUGUGCAGCGACAGGGGCGCGCUUAGCUGGUCCAGGGUCAGUACGGGUCCCGGUCCUCCCCCCGUGGGCUCCUCCAGUCUUUUCCUGGUCUCAGAAGCUCCUCGGUGGCCCGGACUCACUCCUCGGACCCGCGGCGUCUGGAGGACUUUAUUAAACCAGGAAUGAGGGCUUCAAAGUGGACUCGAUAAGACCCGAAUGAGGGUUUCAAAGUGGACUCGAUAAGACCCGAACGGGCCUGCUGGUCCCCGCUGGAGCUGCACGGUGAACUUUCCGCUGUUUCCUGGUGUCCCGGGUGGAUUAUAUAUAUUAUACAACAGUAGAUCUAAUAUCUAAUAUAUAUGCACAUACAUAUGCGCGUGUGUAUGUAGUUGUAUGUAUAUAUUUAUAUGCGAGUGUAGUGUAACUGACACGGUCUGCCUGGACCUGGUCUCGCAGGAGACCUGGACGAGGACCCCAGACCCUCCGCUAGCUCACUUAGCUGCUUAGCUCGUGAAGGAGCUGUUUUAGCUCGGUAAUAACCCGGUUACGGUAACCCGGGUUACGGUGACCCGGACCACGUGAUGCGCGCGGCGGCGGGACGCCGUCACUGAAGCUCGCGCUCGGUUGUUUUGGUUGUUUAACCCGGUUCGGUUCGGCUCGGGUCUCCCCGUUAGCUCAUGCUAGCCGCUAGCCUGCAGACAUGCCGCAGAUAGAAGACCUGGGAGCCACCGACGAGCUGCUCGCCUUUAAGGACGAGGGGGACCAGGACGACAAGAGGACCGCGUCCUCCGAGCGGGACCUGGACGACGUCAAGUCCUCCUUGGUCAACGAGUCCGAGUCCAGCUCAGACUCGGAGGCAGACCGGCGGUCCAGGACUGAUGCAGACCUGCAGAACAGAAUCAGACACAGUCAUCUGUUUCAGGAAGCCCUGAGGAGGCAGCAGGAUGGAGGCCUCUUCCAGCCACCCCCCUAUGUUGGAUAUCCCUUCUUCAUGAUCCCAGACCUGGGGAACCUGUGUGGCCCCUACCUCGCCAACGCAGCGCUCCCACCCAGUGCCAGGACGCCGUGUUCCCUGUACGCCAGCGGCUCUGUGCUCAUAGGCGUUGCAAAGCGUCUGGCACGCAAAGAGGAGGAGAAGAAGCCUCACAUCAAGAAGCCGCUGAACGCCUUCAUGCUCUACAUGAGGGAGGAGAGGCCCAACGUGGUGGCUCAGUGCAGGGUCAAGGAGAGCGCCACCAUCAACCAGAUCCUGGGCCAGAGGUGGCAUUCUCUCUCCAAAGAGGAACAAUCCAAAUAUUACGAACUGGCUCGUAAAGAAAGACUCCUUCACUCAAGACUGUACCCGGGGUGGUCGGCCCGGGACAACUACGUGAGUACACAACUACAUGAGCUGGACUCAUGGUCUCAUGUAGUCCUCCAUGGAGGUGGACUCAUGGUCUCAUGUAGUCCUCCAGGGAGGUGGAUUCAUGGUCUUGAUGUGUGCUCCUCAGAUGAAAAGGACUUCCCCCCUCAGAUGAAGAGGCCUUGUGAGGAGACUCAGAGGACACACCCCCGUUCCCACCUGACGCACACACACCUGUCCCAGGCUAGCCCCGCCUCCUCGCUGGACUCCCCGGCGACGCCCACCACCGCUCUGGCUUCGCCCGCCCCGCCGGCGCCGACGCACACGGAGCACACACUCUGCUACGGCGGGGGGGCGUCGCCGUACGCCGAGCAGCUGCAGCCGCUGGCCCUCACCACCAAACCUCACCGGACCCCCCAGACCCCCCACCCUCUGAGCCGCAUCACACCAGAACCCGUCACGCCAACCUCCUCCCAUCCCCCCCCCUUCCUCCCCCCCCCUCCUCCCGCCGCUCAUGGUGCCUUAACUCAGUCACAGCUGGGCUCUCUCAGAAGAACCAAUCAGCUGUGAGCAGCUGGGCUCAGAAUCUUCAAAUAAAGAAACAGUUUUUAAUGCUGUAAAUAAGUUUUUCAUUUUUUAGACUUUUUUUAUAGAUGUAUAACAUUUUAUUUUAGUAUGAAAAGGAAAAAUAUUUGGUCAACAUUUGACUUGAAACUCUAUUUUUUCACUUGACCCUGAAUGACCUCCACCUGGUGAUGUCAUCUGUUCACCUGGUGAUGUCAUCUGUUCACCUGGUGAUGUCAUCUGUUCAUCUGGUGAUGUCAUCUGUUCAUCUGGUGAUGUCAUCUGUUCACCUGGUGAUGUCAUCUGUUCGUCUGGUGAUGUCCUCUGUUCACCUGGUGAUGUCAUCUGUUCACCUGGUGAUGUCAUCUGUUCACCUGGUGAUGUCAUCUGUUCACCUGGUGAUGUCAUCUGUUCACUUGGUGAUGUUAUCUUGUGUUAAUAAAUACUCACUGAGUUCA